UACGUAGGUCUUCCGUGUCAACAUGGCGGCUUCCAUGGCAUCACAGGCUGCAGCAAGAGGACUGAGGACAACAACCUCAAAGAACAUACUUCUCGAUAAACUCAAGUGCACCUGGUUGAGUCCCAGGAGAUGGCUGAAUCUGCAGGAGUACCAGAGCAAGAAGCUGAUGCAAGAGAGUGGGGUGGCUGUCCAGCGCUUCUAUGUGGCCGACACAGCUUCUGAGGCACUGCAGGCUGCAAAGAGACUCAAUGCCAAGGAGAUCGUGCUGAAAGCUCAGAUUCUGGCCGGUGGCAGAGGCAAGGGUGUGUUCGACAGCGGCCUUAAAGGAGGAGUGCACUUGACUAAGGACCCUGCUGUGGUUGGUGAACUUGCCAAUAAGAUGCUGGGUUUCAACCUGACUACAAAGCAGACACCGAAGGAUGGAGUGAAAGUGAAAACGGUGAUGGUUGCGGAGGCCCUGGACAUUACCAGGGAGACCUACUUUGCAAUACUGAUGGACCGCGCCUGCAAUGGUCCCGUCAUGGUGGGAAGCCCCCAGGGAGGCAUGGAUAUCGAGGAGGUUGCAGCCAACACCCCAGAACUCAUCUUUAAGGAAGUCGUGGAUAUAUUUGAAGGUGUGCAAGACGAACAGGCACUCCGCAUGGCAGCUAAUUUGGGUUUCAAAGGACCUCUGCAGAGACAGGCGGCUGAUCAGAUUAAGAGGCUCUAUGAUCUGUUCCUGAAAGUCGACGCCACUCAAGUCGAAGUCAAUCCUCUUGGCGAGACUCCCGAAGGACAAGUGGUUUGUUUUGAUGCUAAGAUCAACUUUGACGACAACGCAGAGUUCCGUCAGAAAGCUGUGUUCGCCAUGGACGACAUGUCCGAGAGUGACCCCACGGAGACGCAGGCAGCCAAAUGGGACCUCAAAUAUAUUGGACUGGACGGAAACAUCGCCUGCUUUGUGAAUGGAGCUGGUUUGGCCAUGGCCACAUGUGACAUCAUUGACCUGCAUGGUGGAAAGCCAGCUAACUUCCUGGACCUGGGGGGAGGAGUCCAAGAGAGGCAGGUGUACGAGGCCUUCAAGCUGCUCACUGCUGACCCAAAGGUUGAAGCCAUUCUUGUCAACAUCUUUGGUGGGAUUGUGAACUGUGCCAUCAUCGCCAACGGCAUCACCAAGGCCUGUCGAGAGCUGGAGCUGAAGGUGCCACUGGUGGUCAGGCUUGAAGGAACCAACGUCAACGAGGCCAAGAGGAUUCUGACUGAGAGCGGCCUGCCCAUUACCGCAGCUGAGAACCUGGACGACGCCGCUAAGAAAGCAGUGGCCGCCAUCAAGAAAUAAAAAAACCUAAAAUGAAACCGCAACAGUUUGUCUGCCCAUCAGCGCCUCUGAUCAUCACUGUCAGCCUUUUUCUACACAUGCAGACCUCCAGGACUUGCAGCCUUUUCUUUAACAGGCCUUUACAGUUUCAAAAUAAUCAUAUCAUUGCCAACUGAGUUCCUAUAUUAUUCAUUUUGCAGUAAAACCUAAUCUAAGGGUGUAAUAUAAUGUAACUUUUUUUCACACUUUAGCUCUGGUAAUUUUUCUCCAUUGCAGUGUGUAUUAAUUUGGAUAAAUUGUAGUUCUUAGGCUUUUGUAUCAUAUUACACUACAAAAUCUAGUCUUGUUAUAUCAUAACGUUAAUGACAUUUGUCAAAAAGGAGACUCGACACUUUGUGCAUUCCAUUAUUCAAGAUGAAUCAACUUGUCUCCCUCACUUCAUUCUGCGGCAUUAUUACAAGAUGUUAGUAAGAAAAGACAUGUUUUAUUUGAGCCACUGUCCGGCCUGUCAAGAGAGAAUGACACUCAGCAGCAGCUUUACAGCGAACACUUAACUCCUUUGAUCGGUCUGUUUUCAUUUUGACUUAUAGUCUAACUUCAGCCUGAUCCCUGACUCCAUCCAAUGCCUUAUGUAGGUUUCAAAUGAGGAAGAGGAAGCAUCGCUGUGAAUUUUCUACAUCAUGUCUUAAGUGUGAAGUGCUCUAAAGGAAACAGUGAGUUCACUGUUUACACCAGGCUUACUUUAUGGGAGGCUCUGUAAACUAUCAACUUUAAGUUAGAGCAAUAGGUUAAUACAGAGGUGUUGAGGCAAAAUAAAUAAUCUAAUAUACAAUUGUACCUUAUGUAUUUUUAAUCAUGAAUGUAUAUUGACAGUUUAUCUUGAAUACGGUAUAAUACUGUGUAAAUAAUUUGAGACAAUUAAAGAAAAUAUUUCAAGUU